AUGAAAACUAAGGCCAUGAGACUCAUUUGUCUCUCCCUUCUCCUCUUUCUCGUCCCUCUCUUAACUUCAUGCGCUAAAGAGAAACAGGUGUAUAUUGUCUAUUUUGGAGAACAUAAAGGUGAUAAAGCCUUACAUGAAAUCGAAGAUCAUCAUCACUCUUAUCUUCUAUCGGUUAAAGCAUCUACAGUAGAAGCCAAAUCAUCGCUAGUGUAUAGCUACAAACACAGCAUCAAUGGCUUCGCUGCUGAGCUAACACACGAUGAAGCAUCUAGACUUGAAAAGUUGAAAGGAGUUGUAUCGGUAUUCAAGAGCAAUCCGAGAAAGUAUAAGACCCAUACGACAAGAUCAUGGGAAUUUGUAGGGUUAAAGGAAGAAGAAGGCGGCGAUUAUCGUGGUGGCGAUGGCGAUGAUGGACUUCAUAAUUAUGAAGUGAAUGAUGAUCGGUUUCGUGUUGGAAGAAAGUUUUUGAAAAAGGCAAAACAUGGUGAUGGAGUCAUAGUCGGUGUUAUCGACAGUGGGGUGUGGCCAGAAUCAAGGAGUUUCAGUGACAAAGGAAUGGGACCUAUUCCAGAAUCAUGGAGAGGAAUCUGCCAAACCGGAGUUGCCUUCAACUCCUCCCACUGCAAUCGGAAAAUUAUAGGAGCAAGGUAUUACGCAAGAGGUUACGAGAGAUAUUACGGACCGUUCAAUGCGGCAGCUAACCAAGACUUCUUGUCUCCACGAGACGCCGACGGACAUGGCUCACACACAUCUUCAACCGCCGUUGGUCGCAGAGUAGACGGCGUUUCUGCAUUUGACGGCAUAGCUAGAGGCACAGCUUCAGGAGGCGCCUCAUUAGCUCACCUAGCCGUGUACAAAGCUUGUUGGGCCGUUCCAAACGUUGACAAAAGCCACGGAAACACUUGUUUCGACGAAGAUAUGUUAGCUGCGUUUGACGACGCGAUUGCUGAUGGCGUUCACGUCAUCAGUAUUUCGAUAGGCACAACUGUACCCCACUCGUAUUUGAAAGACGGAAUCGCGAUUGGAGCGUUGCAUGCGGUUAAAAGAGAUAUCGUGGUCACGGCUAGUGCCGGUAAUGAUGGACCGGGAGCUGAAACUUUGUCGAAUGCAGCUCCAUGGAUUAUUACCGUCGGUGCUAGUAGUCUUGAUCGGUAUUUCAUCGGCCGUCUUGAACUUGGCGAUGGCUAUAAAUACGAGUCGGACUCGUUGACGACAUUGAAGAUGGACAAAUUUGCUCCACUUGUGUAUGCUGCUGAUGUUGUUGUUCCCGGCGUUUCAAUGAACUAUGCAUCGCUAUGUUUACCGAAUUCGCUUUCACCGGAGCUUGUGAAAGGUAAAGUGGUAUUAUGUUUGAGAGGUCACGGUUCAAGAAUCGGUAAGAGCCUUGAAGUAAAACGAGCUGGAGGAGUCGGUAUGAUUUUAGGAAAUUCUCGGGUUAGCGACGAUGGAAUUCAUGCCGAUCCACAUUUCGUACCGACCGCAUUGGUUCUCUCGUCCGCUGUCGACAGGAUUCUAAACUACAUUUACAAUGAUGACGAACCGGUUGCUUUUAUUAAACCGGCAAGAACCGUAGUUUACCCAUACCAAACGGAAGAUUCGGUUUACCCAGCAUACCAACCGGCUCCUUUUAUGACCGGUUUUUCUAGCCGUGGCCCAAAUUGGGUAGAUCCUUACAUUUUAAAGCCGGAUAUUACUGCGCCGGGUUUGAACAUUCUGGCCGCAUGGAGCGGGGCAGAUUCGGCUACUAAAGUUUCAAUAGACCGACGAGUUACGGAUUAUAAUAUUGACUCAGGAACUUCAAUGUCUUGUCCUCAUGUUGCUGGUGCAAUAGCCCUUCUCAAAAGUACUCAUCCCACUUGGAGUAGUGCUGCUAUAAGAUCCGCUCUCAUGACUACCGCUUCGAUGACCAACGAGGACAACGAACCGAUAAAAGACUAUGAUGGUUACCCGGCAGACCCAUUUGCACUUGGUUCAGGACAUUUUAGACCAACAAAAGCUGCAGAUCCCGGUUUAGUCUACGAUGCAUCAUACCAAUCUUACCUUCUCUACUGCUGCUCACUUGGGUUAAACGAAAUUGACCCUACAUUCCAGUGUCCUAGCAAAGUUCCUCCUGCUUAUAACUUAAAUUACCCGUCAAUCUCAAUCCCUUAUCUCAAUGGGGCAGUGACUGUUACGAGGACGGUCACAUGUGUUGGACUAACCGGUGAUUCAGCAUUAAGCACAUAUAAUUUUAAUGUUGAACCGCCGUUUGGUGUCUCGGUUAGGGCUGAACCGGAUGUGUUGGUUUUCGAUCGGGUUGGUCAGAAGAAGCAGUUUAAUAUCGUUCUUGAAACACAGAGAUACGAGUAUACAGGUGAGGCUCGGAGGGAUCGGUAUCGGUUUGGAUGGUUUAGUUGGACCGAUGGACAUCAUGUUGUGAGGAGCCCAAUUGCUGUUUCCUUGGUUUGA